CGAUUCCCAGACAUGCUACAUGCUCGCAGGACUCGAACCAACUGCCUGCAGCCUAGAAAACCCCCUCUGGUCUCAACAUUGGGCUUCCCCGAGGGUUAUAUGAACGCUUCCUGUCCCCUGUCCCCUUCCCCCACCAGGCCAUACGGAACUAUUCCACCUGCGUCUCCUUGUUGAACAUCAAUCCCCGUUUUACUAUUGACUUUCUGUGAGAGACUGAGGAGUGCAAAAGAACCCUGAGGUCCCAUGCAUUUCGAGCACUUCACCUCCCCAUGAAAAGAGCUAAGCCAUUCUGUUGAGACUGAGGGUAACCUCAAGGAUGUUUUUUCAGGGGAAAAAACCUCUUUCCCAAUAACUUCGUCUUCCUUCCAGGCUUCUCUUCCAGGUCUUAGGGCUGUGUCCCCCGAUUUUAUUCCUCACUGUGGUAGCAGUGUUCUGGCUCCAAGUUCCCAGGGUCCUAUUCUCAGCAGAGCAAGUCCAGGAUUUCCUGGUACUGUGUCUGUUAUUUGUUUUGGCUUUCUAUCUGUCAUACAGUAUCCAUGAGCCUAAUGUAUCCCCAUCUAUAAUAUGGCUAAUUUCAUAUCUGCUUUUCCACUCCACCCCACUUCCUGCAUUAUUGAUGGGCUGUGCACUUUAGAAAAUCAAUUAGAAUAGGGUGUGGAAACAGAGUUAAAAGAGAAAAGAGGCCUUUAAAAGUCUCCUGGUUUUUGCUAUUUUGAAUAGGCGCACAUAAAGCCUUCUCUUCCUAAGUCCAGCCAGGGACCAGCCUGGCUGUGAUUGGCCAGGACUGAGAAAAUGUGGUUAAGGUGCAAAUAUAAGCAAAUAUGAGCCAUUGUCAGGUCAGCUAUCCUGAGCAAAGAGCAAGGAUCUGGUACCAUCCCUCUUCUGUUUCUCUGGAUAAAUUUGGUCCUUACAAGCUACCUGCCUCCGACUUACAGGGAGAUUGAAGAGUCUAGUUUGGAGAAAGGACCAGUUACAUUUUAGUUUAGUCCUGAGAAGAACACCAUGUCUCUGAGUGGCGCCUUCAGGGCAGUGGGCAAUGACCCAGGAGUGAUCACUUGGAGAAUAGAGAAAAUGGAACUAGUGCUGGUGCCACUGAGCCUUCAUGGCAAUUUCUACGAGGGAGACUGUUACGUGGUUCUCUCGACCCGGAGAUCUGGAAGUCUCUUGUGCCAGGAUAUCCACUACUGGAUUGGAAAGGAUUCUACCCAGGAUGAGCAGAGCUGUGCUGCCAUCUAUACGACUCAGUUAGACGACUAUCUGGGUGGUAGCCCAGUGCAGCAUCGGGAGGUUCAAUAUCAUGAAUCGGAGACUUUCCGAGGCUACUUCAAACAGGGGAUCAUCUACAAGAAGGGAGGUGUGACCUCUGGGAUGAAGCACGUGGAGACCAACACCUAUGAUGUGAAGCGUCUACUGCACGUGAAAGGGAAAAGGCAUGUAACAGCUACUGAGGUAGACCUGAGCUGGGACAGUUUUAACCUGGGUGAUGUCUUUCUGCUGGACCUUGGAAGAAUCAUCAUCCAGUGGAAUGGCCCAGAAAGCAACACUGGAGAACGGCUGAAGGCGAUGCUCCUAGCAAAGGAUAUUCGGGACCGAGAGCAUGGGGGCCGGGCUGAAAUUGGUGUCAUUGAGGGAGACAAUGAGGCAGCCAGUUCAAACCUGAUGAAGGUCCUUCAGGACACACUAGGAGAACGCUCCCUGAUCAAGCCUGCAACCUCUGAUGAGCUCUUAGAUCAAGAGCAGAAAUCAAAUAUCACGUUAUAUCAUGUCUCUGACUCAAGUGGGCAGCUGACAGUCACAGAAGUAUCCACAAGGCCCUUGGUCCAAGAUUUACUGAAUCAUGAUGAUUGCUACAUCCUGGACCAUGGUGGAAGCAAGAUCUAUGUCUGGAAAGGAAGGGAAGCCACCAAGAAUGAGAAACAGACUGCUAUGUCCAAAGCCCUGGGCUUCAUUAAGAUGAAGGGUUAUCCAAGCAGCACCAACGUGGAGACCGUCAAUGAUGGAGCAGAGUCCGCCAUGUUCAAGCAGCUGUUCCAGAAGUGGAUUGUAAAGGACCAGACCUUAGGCUUAGGAAAAACCUUCAGCAUGAGUAAAAUUGCCAAAGUCAUUCAGGAUAAGUUUGAGGUGACUCUGCUUCACACAAGGCCAGAGACAGCGGCCCAAGAGAGAAUGGUUGAUGAUGGGAAUGGAAAUGCUGAGGUCUGGAGAAUUGAAAAUCUGGAACUAGUUCCAGUUGAACGUCAGUGGUAUGGCUUCUUCUAUGGGGGAGACUGCUACCUGGUUCUCUAUACGUAUGAAGUGAACAACAAGCCACAUUACAUCCUGUACAUCUGGCAGGGUCGGCACGCUUCCAAGGAUGAGCUGGCAGCUUCAGCUUACCAAGCCGUGGAGCUGGACAGACAGUUUGGGGGCACUCCAGUGCAGGUGUUGGUCAGCAUGGGGAAAGAACCACGCCACUUUAUGGCCAUCUUCAAAGGAAAGCUUGUGAUUUUUGAGGGUGGAACAUCCAGGAAGGUAAGUACCGAACCUGACCCUCCUGUGAGACUAUUCCAGAUCCAAGGGAAUGACAAAUCCAACACCAAAGCUGUGGAGGUACCAGCAUUUGCCUCUUCCCUGAAUUCCAAUGAUGUCUUUCUGCUGCGGACACAAAAUGAACACUACCUCUGGUAUGGAAAGGGUUCCAGUGGUGAUGAGCGAGCAAUGGCAAAGGAAUUAGCUGGAGUGCUCUGUGAUGGCACUGAGGACACCGUGGCUGAAGGACAGGAGCCAGCAGCAUUUUGGGACUCACUAGGAGGGAAAGUACCUUAUGCCAAUGACAAAAGACUUCAACAGGAAAUCCUUGAUGUCCAACCCCGUCUCUUUGAGUGUUCCAAUAAGACUGGUCGUUUCAUUAUCACUGAGAUCACAGAUUUCAUACAGGAUGACCUGAACCCAAGUGAUGUGAUGCUCCUGGAUACCUGGGACCAGGUAUUCUUAUGGAUUGGUGCUGAAGCUAAUGCCACAGAAAAAGAGGGAGCCUUCACUUCAGCCCAGGAGUACCUACACACUCACCCCAGUGGCCGGGAGACUGACACACCCAUCCUGAUUAUCAAACAAGGGUUUGAGCCACCCAUCUUUACAGGCUGGUUCUUGGCCUGGGACCCUCAUAUCUGGAGUGAAGGCAAAUCAUAUGAACAGUUAAAGGAAGAACUGGGAGACACUGCUGCAAUUGUGAGAAUCACUACUGACAUGAAUGGUACUUCCCUCUCUCUGAAUGCUGGUGGCACUGAACAAAAAUACUACCCUAUAGAAGUGCUGCUGAAAAAUCAGCAACAUGAGCUACCUGAGGAUGUAGACCCUGCCAAAAAAGAGAAUUACCUCUCUGAUGAAGACUUUGUUGCUGUAUUUGGCAUCCCAAGAGGAAAAUUUGCCGCAUUACCUGGCUGGAAACAGCUCAACCUGAAGAAAGAAAAGGGGCUUUUUUAAAGAAUGGAAGCAAAUGCCUAUCUGCGGCAAUACUAGAGAAUAGAUAGUGCCAAUUACGAGGGAAGAAUUUGUCUGUCUAGCACAAUAUACUUGGCUACUUAGAGAAGCAAGAGAGUUUUGCAAAGUGCAGCAUGUUAGCUAGAAUGAAUC